AUGGAGGAAGAAGUUAAGGGGCAAAGUAAGGCCGCCGAGGUUGAACGCACCAAACGCAUAGAUGCUGCACGGACCCUCAAAGCUUCCGAGACUGACCUCAUGAAGGCUAGGGAGGACUUAAAGGAGGCUGCCCGAGCCAGGGAUAGUGUCGCGGCAGGUUUGACUGGUGCCCAAAAGCAGGCCGAGGAACAGACAAAACGCCUACUCGCCGCCGAGGAUCAAUUGCAGAUUGCUAAGGAGCAGAUCAGCGAUUUGAAAAAGCAACUGAUCGAGGCAAAUAAUGUUAAGGGCGUGGCGAAAUUUGCCAAGGACGAAGCCGUGAGGGCCAAACAGGAGGCUGAGUUUGCCAGAACUGAGGCCGAAGUGGCCAGGGACAAGGCCGAGGAGAAGGGUUACGAGGCGGGGGUUUGGGAAGAGGCCCUUAGACGAGCUGGGGUGGAAGUUUCGUCCGACUUGUGGAAGGCGGAGAGCAUAUUUUAUCCUCCAGCCAUCCGUGAGACCGCCUCCGCCAGCUCCGAGGCUACGAGUGAUCCACACGAGGCAGGGGCUGCUCAGUCAGAAGUUGCUCAGAUCAUCGUCCCUCUUGGCGAGUCGACUGAAGGAAGAGAGCCUCAUGAUGCGACAGAAGCACCUGGAGGUCUGAAUCCCGAGAUGUCUAAAGAGGGUGCCGAGCCUACGGUCAAUGCUCAGAUCUUGGGUGCCCAGGAGCCCGCCAUCUUUGUUCAGCCCCUACAGGCCAUUCCCUUUACUGAUGUCCCCAAGAGCAUCGAAACUGACCCUGCUCAGCCUUCCCAAGAAGGGGAUGUCUCCUAG